AUGCAAUCUGAAGCUGAAAGGGUCUUCAAUGAUCCAGAAGAUACCCAACAGAACGAAACUAAUACGGAAAGGGUCUUCAAUGAUCCAGAAGAAAAUCAAGGCAACCAUGAUUCCAUUCCACCCAACGAGCAACCUCAACCCCAAGAGGAUGCAGAGGAAGAAACAGCAGAACUGUUACCCCCAUCAAAGGGCUUAACAACUGCUGAAGCAGAAGAACUUUUGGCGAAAUACGGACGCAACGAACUACCUACAAAAAAGACUCCCGUUUGGCUUUUAUUUGUGCGAACCCUGGGGAAUCCCAUGUCUCUGGCACUAUUAAUAGCCUUCAUCAUUAAGUAUGCUUUGUCGUACUGGGCUGAUGCCUCUAUUCUGCUCGCUAUUCUGAUUAUUAACGUCCUUAUUGGAUGUUUUGAGGUCUAUAUGAGUGGUGAUGCCUUAGCGGCACUGAAGAAUUCUCUGAACCCAGUGAUAACCGUAUUUCGUGAUGGUUCAUGGCAGCAAAUCGAUGCUGCGCUUCUGGUUCCUGGUGAUCUUGUGAAGCUUGCGUCCGGUUCUGCAGUUCCUGCUGAUUGUACAGUUAAUGAGGGUGUGAUUGAUGUUGACGAGUCAGUACUGACCGGUGGGUCAAUGUCUGUGUCGAUUGGGGCAGGUGAAAUGGCCAAAAUGGGCUCAAAUGUUGAGCGUGGUGAAGUGGACGGCACAGUACAAUUUACAGGUCAGAACACCUUAUUUGGUAAAUCAGCUGUAUUACUGCAAUCAGUGGAGGCUGAUGUUGACAAUAUUCACGUCAUUCUUUCACGUAUGGUGCUGGUAUUGACAAGUUUUGGUUUUGUUCUCGCUAUUAUCUGCAUGAUUUAUUUGUUGGCCAGUGUGCACAUGACUUUCCGCUACUCCCUCAAUUUUGCCGUGGUGCUCUUUAUAGCGUCUAUUCCCGUUGCUCUGGAAAUUGUUGUUACUGCGAUACUUUCGUUGGGCUUAAUAAGAUUAUCAAAGUGCCAAGUCGAGGUGAGGAAUAUGGCCUCCAUGGAAACAUUGGCUCGUGUUAACAUGGUGUGCUCAGAUAAGACAGGAACACUUACAGCCAAUACGAUGGAGAUUCAAGAUCAGUGUUUCACGUUUGAAGAGGGCUACGACCUACGUUCUAUACUCGUCUUGGCAGCACUUGCCGCAAAGUGGCGUGAACCGCCACGUGAUGCCUUGGAAGCCAUGAUACUUGAAGCUGCAGACCUUGACGAGUGCGAUAACUACACGCAGACUGAGUUUGUUCCCUUUAAUCCAAUAGAGAGACGUAUAUCUGCUUCGCUAACCGAUAAUCGAACUGGUGAGAGGUUCAGCGUCACGAAGGGUGCACCGGAUGUUAUCCUUCAGCUGGUAUAUAACCAGGAUGAGAUCAGCAACCAAGUAGUUGAGAUCAUUGAGACUCUCGCCUCGCGUGGUAUCCACUGUCUUUCUGUGGCAAAGACGGAUUCACAGGGUCGCUGGCACCUGUGCGGUAUCUUAUCAUUUCUUUAUCCCCCACGACUUCAUGCGAAGGAUACGAUUCGUCGAAGCAAGGAAUAUGGUGUGGACGUUAAGAUGAUCACGGGUGACCGAGUAACAUUUGCAAAGGAAAUGUGCCAAGCGCUGAACCUUGACCCAAAUAUCUUGACAGCUGACAAGCUUCCCAAGGUUGAUGUGAAUGAUCUGCCUGACGAUCUUGGUGAGAAGUACGGUGAUAUGAUCCUUGGCGCUGGUGGUUUCGCGCAAGUCCUCCCUGAACACAAGUUUAUGAUUGUUGAAACUCUUCGCCAACGUGGUUACACCUGUGCCAUGACAGGCGACGGUGUAAAUGAUGUGCCUGCGCUAAAGCGUGCAGACGUUGGUAUUGCUGUGCAGGGUGCUACGGAUGCUGCGCGUGCUGCUGCUGACAUGGUAUUGACUGGACCUGGUCUGAGUGUUCUUGUUGAGGCCAUGCUUGUUUCCCGUCAAGUGUUUCAGCGUUUGCUGACCUUCUUGACAUACCGUAUAUCUGCAUCGCUCUCACUGGUGUGUUUUUACUUCAUUGCUUGCUUCUCAUUGACGCCCCGAGACUAUGGCAGUGUGGACCCUAAUUUUCAGUUCUUCCAAUUACCUGUGUUGUUGUUUCUGCUUAUCGCUCUGUUAAACGAUAUAUUCAUGAUAACGAUUGGUUACGAUCGAGUGGUCCCAUCUAAGCUUCCUCAACGGUGGAAUGUUCCUCUGGUCUUUGUGAGGGCUAUUAUUCUUGCUAUUGCAUCCUGUGCCUCAUCUCUGAUGCUUCUUUGGGUCGCUCUCGAGGGUUGGGGAGAUACUUAUUACCCGAAUUCAUGGAUUUUUUCGCUGGGUCUUGCACAACUGCCGCAGGGUAAAGUGGUGACGAUGUUGUAUCUUAAGAUAACUAUAUUUGAUUUCAUGACACUGUUCUCGGCACGUACUGGGGGUGAUUUCUUUUUUACAGCGGCUCCAGGUCUUAUACUGUUUAUUGCUGCUGUUUUUUCUCUGCUUAUCUCCUCAAUGGCUGCUUCAUACUGGCACCUGUCGACUGUGGAUCAUGUGGAGACAGAAGGACUCGCAUGGGGUGCUGCGAGAACUGAGACAAUUCUACCACUAUGGGUAUGGAUCUACUGUAUUAUUUGGUGGCUUGUUGAUGAGAUGGUUAAGGUUUUUCUUAACUUGCUCAUUCAAUGUUUUGAUCUCUUCGGAUGUGUCUCGAAGGCGUAUGGAGGGAAGGUCGUUGAUGAGUACGAAGUUGUUGUGCAUGGUGGACGGUUUCACUCAGAAUUAUCACCUGUUGACAUAUUUUUUCAGGAUAAAUCUCGAAGGAAUUAUGAAGAUAAUGACCUUGCUGGACGUGGAGGUGGAGGAUCUAGAAGUCAAAUGUUGUCUCCUGUUGAUGUUUUCACACCACGUGUUGGUGUUGCCAAAUCCCGUGGAGAAGUUCUACCACCUGUUGAUGUAUAUACUCCUGCUGCAAAGGACCCAGAAGAUGACGAAGAAGUCGAAAAAAAUAAAUAUCAAGGUAUUGACUAG